GCAGCAAGUCCCGGGCGGCGGGCGGCGGCGGGGCCGAGUUGGGCGCGGAGCCCUGACAGCAGACUCCGAGCGGCAGCAGGAUGAGUGCGGAGGCGGGUGCCCGGCCCCUGCGGGUAGGCUCCCGUGUGGAGGUCAUUGGGAAAGGCCACCGAGGCACUGUGGCCUAUGUUGGAGCCACACUCUUUGCCACUGGCAAAUGGGUGGGCGUGAUCCUGGAUGAAGCAAAAGGCAAGAACGACGGCACUGUUCAGGGAAGGAAGUAUUUCACGUGCGACGAAGGCCAUGGCAUCUUUGUGCGCCAGUCCCAGAUCCAGGUAUUUGAAGAUGGAGCAGAUACUACUUCCCCGAAGACUCCUGAUUCUUCAGCUUCAAAGGUCCUCAAGAGAGAGGGAGCUGAUGCAGCUACAAAGACCAGCAAAUUGCCUACUCGCCCAGCCAGUACUGGGGUGACGGGGGCCAGUAGCUCCCUGGGCCCCUCUGGAUCAGCAUCAGCCGGUGAACUGAGCAGCAGUGAGCCCAGCACCCCAGCUCAGACUCCGCUGGCAGCACCCAUCAUCCCCACACCGGCCCUCACCUCUCCUGGAGCAGCACCUCCACUUCCAUCUCCCUCGAAGGAGGAGGAAGGGCUGAGGGCCCAGGUGCGGGACCUGGAGGAGAAGCUGGAGACCCUGCGUCUGAAACGAUCAGAAGACAAGGCAAAGCUGAAAGAGCUGGAGAAGCACAAGAUCCAGCUGGAGCAGGUGCAGGAAUGGAAGAGCAAAAUGCAGGAGCAGCAGGCCGACCUGCAGCGGCGCCUCAAAGAGGCGCGGAAGGAAGCCAAGGAGGCGCUGGAGGCAAAAGAGCGCUACAUGGAGGAGAUGGCGGACACGGCCGACGCCAUUGAGAUGGCCACUCUGGACAAGGAGAUGGCCGAAGAGCGGGCCGAGUCUCUGCAGCAGGAGGUGGAGGCUCUGAAGGAGCGCGUGGACGAGCUCACCACAGACCUGGAGAUCCUCAAGGCUGAAAUUGAAGAGAAAGGCUCAGACGGGGCCGCGUCAAGCUACCAGCUCAAGCAGCUAGAGGAGCAGAAUGCCCGCCUGAAAGACGCCCUGGUGAGGAUGCGAGAUCUCUCUUCCUCAGAGAAGCAGGAGCAUGUGAAACUCCAAAAGCUCAUGGAAAAGAAGAACCAGGAGCUGGAGGUUGUGAGGCAGCAGCGCGAGCGUCUCCAGGAGGAGCUGAGCCAGGCAGAGAGCACCAUCGAUGAGCUCAAGGAGCAGGUGGACGCUGCUCUGGGUGCCGAGGAAAUGGUGGAGAUGCUGACUGACCGGAACCUGAAUCUAGAAGAGAAAGUGCGGGAAUUGCGGGAGACUGUGGGGGACUUGGAAGCGAUGAACGAGAUGAACGAUGAGCUGCAGGAGAAUGCACGGGAGACAGAGCUGGAGCUGCGGGAGCAGCUGGACAUGGCAGGCGCCCGAGUACGGGAGGCCCAGAAGCGUGUGGAAGCCGCCCAGGAGACAGUUGCGGACUAUCAGCAAACUAUCAAGAAGUACCGCCAGUUGACCGCACACCUACAGGAUGUCAAUCGGGAGCUGACGAACCAGCAGGAAGCGUCUGUGGAGAGACAACAGCAGCCACCUCCAGAGACUUUUGAUUUCAAAAUCAAGUUUGCUGAGACCAAGGCUCAUGCCAAGGCAAUUGAGAUGGAGUUGAGACAGAUGGAGGUGGCCCAGGCCAACCGGCACAUGUCCCUGCUGACGGCCUUCAUGCCUGACAGCUUCCUUCGGCCAGGUGGAGACCAUGACUGUGUCCUGGUGCUGCUACUUAUGCCCCGUCUCAUUUGCAAGGCAGAGCUCAUCCGGAAGCAGGCCCAGGAGAAGUUUGACCUCAGUGAGAACUGUUCAGAGCGGCCUGGGCUUCGCGGAGCUGCUGGGGAGCAGCUGAGCUUUGCUGCUGGGCUGGUAUACUCACUGAGUCUGCUGCAGGCCACACUGCACCGUUACGAGCAUGCCCUCUCUCAGUGCAGUGUGGACGUGUAUAAGAAGGUGGGCAGCCUCUACCCUGAGAUGAGUGCCCACGAGCGCUCCCUAGAUUUCCUCAUCGAGCUGCUGCACAAGGAUCAGCUGGAUGAAACUGUCAACGUGGAGCCCCUCACCAAGGCCAUCAAGUAUUACCAGCAUCUGUACAGCAUCCACCUUGCUGAGCAGCCGGAGGAUUCCACCAUGCAGCUGGCUGACCACAUCAAGUUCACCCAGAGUGCCCUGGACUGUAUGAGUGUGGAGGUGGUGCGGCUGCGUGCCUUCCUGCAGGGUGGGCAGGAGGCAACAGAUAUUGCCCUUCUUCUCCGAGACCUGGAAACAUCAUGCAGUGACAUCCGCCAGUUCUGCAAGAAGAUCCGAAGGCGAAUGCCAGGGACAGAUGCUCCGGGGAUCCCAGCAGCAUUGGCCUUUGGAUCACAGGUGUCCGACACACUCCUCGACUGCAGGAAGCACUUGACGUGGGUGGUGGCUGUUCUCCAGGAGGUGGCAGCUGCAGCCGCCCAGCUUAUUGCCCCCUUGGCAGAGAAUGAGGGGCUGCCUGUGGCUGCAUUGGAGGAGCUGGCUUUCAAAGCAAGCGAGCAGAUCUACGGGAGCCCCUCCAGCAGUCCCUACGAGUGCCUGCGCCAGUCCUGCACCAUCCUUAUCAGCACAAUGAACAAGCUGGCCACAGCCAUGCAGGAGGGCGAGUACGAUGCAGAGCGGCCCCCCAGCAAGCCUCCUCCGGUUGAACUUCGGGCUGCAGCCCUGCGUGCAGAGAUCACAGAUGCUGAAGGUCUGGGUUUGAAGCUUGAAGAUAGAGAGACAGUUAUCAAGGAGUUAAAGAAGUCUCUCAAGAUUAAGGGAGAGGAGCUGAGUGAGGCCAACGUGCGGCUGAGCCUCCUGGAGAAGAAGCUGGACAGCGCUGCCAAGGAUGCAGAUGAGCGCAUUGAGAAAGUCCAGACUCGGCUGGAGGAGACUCAGACCCUGCUGCGAAAGAAGGAGAAAGACUUUGAGGAGACAAUGGAUGCACUCCAGGCUGACAUCGACCAGUUGGAGGCAGAGAAGGCAGAGCUAAAGCAGCGGCUAAACAGCCAGUCCAAGCGCACAAUUGAGGGGCUUCGGGGUCCCCCUCCCUCAGGCAUUGCUACCCUGGUCUCUGGCAUUGCUGGUGGGGGCACGCCUGGGCAGGCUCCAGGCGCCUUGCCGGGCCAGGGGCUGGUGAAGGACUCGCCACUGCUGCUCCAGCAGAUCUCCGCCAUGAGGCUGCACAUCUCGCAGCUCCAGCAUGAGAACAGCAUCCUCAAAGGAGCCCAGAUGAAGGCAUCCUUGGCCGCUCUGCCCCCUUUGCACGUCGCAAAGCUUUCCCUCCCGCCCCACGAGGGCCCUGGUGGUGAGCUGGUGGCUGGGACACUGUAUCGCAAGACCAGCCAGCUACUGGAGACACUAAACCAGCUGAGCACGCACACGCAUGUGAUAGAUAUCACACGGACCAGCCCAGCUGCCAAGAGCCCGUCAGCUCAGCUUAUGGAGCAAGUGGCUCAGCUCAAGUCCCUGAGUGACACCAUUGAGAAGCUCAAGGAUGAGGUCCUCAAGGAGACAGUAACUCAGCGUCCUGGAGCUACUGUUCCCACUGACUUUGCCACCUUCCCUUCAUCAGCCUUCCUCAGGGCCAAGGAAGAGCAGCAGGAUGACACGGUCUAUAUGGGCAAGGUGACCUUCUCGUGUGCGGCCGGCCUAGGACAGCGACACCGUCUGGUGCUGACCCAGGAGCAGCUGCACCGGCUCCACAGUCGCCUGAUCUCCUAAGCGCUCCUUCCCUGCUGUCCCCUUUCCUGGUCUCCUAAGCGCUCCUUCCCUGCUGUCCCCUUUGGCCCAUGGACCCCCCUGGCACCACUGUCCAGUGUGCAGCUGCCUCAGCCACUCCAUGGUUGAACCCUUGGGUAAAGCUCUUGCCUGGGUCAGCUUCCCCAGGUCUGGUUAGGAUCCUGCAGCUUCCGUAAUCUGGGUUUGCCUAUCCGCCCCUGACCUCUUCCUUAAUUCGCUGUUCCGCUGCUCCCUCUUUCCCGAGGGGCCUCAGGGCAUUGGAGGGGGUCUGACACCCCUCCACUAAAGAUUGAGUGAGGUCUCCCUGACUGAGGACUUCACCCCCCAAUUAAAGCAACUUUUAUGUCA